AUGUGCAUUGCCGAAGGCCUGCUGCACACCAGCGGUCUUGGCCGUAUCUGGGAUCCAGGCAUCUCGCUUGCUGGCCAUCAAGAGGCAGGCCGCGAUGCAGAAAGGAAGCCUUCCCUGGAAGUGUUGGUUAUUAUUGCAUCUCCUACUUUUAGGACAUGCACGCCUGUCAGCACUGGAUCCAGCGUGACCCCCAGUGGAUCCAGCCCAGCUGCCAACACUGGAUCCAGCGUGACCCCCAGUGGAUCCAGCCCAGCUGCCAACACUGGAUCCAGCGUGACCCCCAGUGGAUCCAGCCCAGCUGCCAACACUGGAUCCAGCGUGACCCCCAGUGGAUCCAGCCCAGCUGCCAACACUGGAUCCAGCGUGACCCCCAGUGGAUCCAGCCCAGCUGCCAACACUGGAUCCAGCGUGACCCCCAGUGGAUCCAGCCCAGCUGCCAACACUGGAUCCAGCGUGACCCCCAGUGGAUCCAGCCCAGCUGCCAACACUGGAUCCAGCGUGACCCCCAGUGGGUCCAGCCCAGCUGCCAACACUGGAUCCAGUACAACCAUGGGAGGCUCAGGCAUGCCUUCUCCAAGUGGAAUGCACACGACUUCCAAUAGGAUUAGCACAAGUGCUGCAACUUCAACGAGUAAAGGGAGGCCCUCUGGGCCCCUGAAGCCAUGGGAAAUCUUCCUCAUCGCUCUGGUCUCGGCAGUGGUGGUUGUAGGCUUCUUUGCUGGGCUCUUCUUCUGUGUGAAAAACUCCCUGUCCCUGAGGGACGUCUUUGACUCAGCUGUACACCGCUCGCAUGGCCCCCACCUUGGCCCGGGGCCUGGAGGGAGUCACGGAGCCCACUGGAGGCCGAGGUGGAGCCCUCGCUGCUUCUGGAGGAGACCAGUGUCCUCAGCAGCCAUGGAGAUGACAGGGCAAUACCACAGGCCCUGA